GUUGCACUGGGAUUGCAACACUGACUGUCCUGUUGCUACCUCUCAACUGUGUGAGCUCCUCCAGUUAUAUUUGAGUCAUGAAACUCAUCGUGGGGACAUGACUGGUCGACGUUUGAGCAUUCAGCCUUAGAAGAGGAAAAUCCCUGAUUCUCUGUUGUGACCCUUGUUCUCUUGAAGACAACAGGUGCAGUAAAUCUCCACAUUAAGGCAGAAUGAGAGAGAAGCUGGCUGCCAUGUCACGAUCGCUGUGCCCCGGCUCGCAGGCCGAGGCCAGCGACGACCCAAAGACACCGAACGGCGGCGAAGAAAAGAUGCAAAUGAAGCGCGAGAUUUCCCUCCCCAAUGGCAUCUGCCUCAUCGUGGGCAACAUGAUUGGCUCUGGAAUCUUUGUCUCGCCUAAAGGCGUCCUCAUGCACAGCGGCUCUUACGGGCUAUCGCUAGUCAUCUGGGCUCUCGGCGGCAUCUUUUCCGUUUUCGGAGCACUGUGCUAUGCAGAGCUGGGAACCACGAUCACCAAAUCGGGCGCUAGUUACGCCUACAUCCUGGAGUCGUUUGGCGGUUUCCUAGCUUUUAUCAGGCUGUGGACAUCCAUCCUGCUCAUUGAGCCAGCCAGCCAGGCGGUCAUCUCGCUGACCUUCGCCAACUAUCUAGUGGAGGCGUGGUACCCCACCUGCCAGCCACCCUACGACGCCAUCCGCCUCAUUGCUGCCGCCUGCAUCUGCAUGCUUAUCUUUGUAAACUGUGCCUAUGUUAAGUGGGGAACCAUGGUCCAGGAUCUAUUCACCUACGCCAAGCUCAUGUCACUCAUCCUCAUCAUCAUUAUAGGUAUCAUGAAGAUAGCCAAAGGAGAAACCCAGAACUUUCAGAAUCCGUUUGAGGGUUCCUCCAUGGAGCCUGGGUCUAUAGCUCUGGCCCUCUACUCUGCUUUGUUCUCCUACUCUGGCUGGGACACACUCAACUUUGUCACAGAGGAGAUCCAGAACCCAGAGAGGAACCUGCCUCUGGCCAUUGCCAUCUCCAUGCCCAUUGUGACCAUCAUCUACCUGCUGACCAAUGUGGCCUAUUACGUGGCUCUGGACAUGUCCUCUCUACUAGCCAGUGACGCUGUCGCCGUGACUUUUGGAAAUGCGGUCUUGGGACCGUUCAAAUGGAUCAUUCCCAUUUCCGUGGCCAUGUCCUGCUAUGGAGGACUCAACGCCUCCAUCAUCGCUGCCUCCAGGUUGUUUUUCGUGGGGGCGAGAGAGGGACACCUUCCAAACAGUCUGAGUAUGAUCCAGGCGGAGCGCUACACACCUGUCCCCGCCCUCAUAUUCAACGGGUUGAUGGGCUUGAUCUUUCUGUGCGUGGAGGACGUGUUCCAGCUCAUCAACUACUUCAGCUUCAGCUACUGGCUCUACGUGGGCCUGUCUGUGGCCGGCCUCAUCUACCUGCGCUUCACUCAGCCAGACAGACACAGACCUGUUAAGCUCUCCCUGUUCUUUCCCUUCGUUUACUGCCUGUGCAGUCUGUUCCUGGUCAUCGUCCCUCUGUACGGUGAUACCAUUAACUCCCUCAUAGGGAUCGGCAUCGCCCUGUCUGGAGUGCCUGUUUACUACGUGGCCAUAUACCUGCCUGAGGACAGGAGGCCCAAGUUUAUAUGCAGAGUAAAUGCCUGGGUCACCAAAUACACCCAGAUCGUGUUGUACUGCUGUCUGACUGAACUUGAUGUGGAACCAGAGGAGCGAGAAGACAGCAAAGCUCAGUGAAGAGGCCUGGUGCCCCCCCCCCACAUGCCUGGAACACGAAACCUGACUGAGCCGUGCGUGGACAAAGGCUGCACUGAAGGGUUGGCUGGUGGGGGCUCGAUGCUUGCCCAACUGCCACAUUGCGUUCUCAAAGGCUUUCCAUGUCUUGAGGACAAAAGAGGAGCUGGUACUUGAUCAUGUGCGAAAUUGAACUGAUAACUGUGGGAUUUUUUUUUGUUUGUUUUUUUGUCGAACAUAUUAUAUUUUCCUAUAAGAGUAUGACUGUAAUGUGCUCAUGGUAAUAUAAUGUAAUGUGCUUACCUGUGUUCUUCAAGUGUUUAUACCUUAAUGUUCCUCCAAGAGGUUUACCUAGUUAUUUCUUUGGAUAGCACUUUACAGUACAUGUCCUACAGUUCUGACAGUCAACAGUCUUUGGCUUGUGUCUUCUUGUGCCGAGUCACUAAGUGGUGGUCUGACAAUGUUAUGACUUACAAAACAUGGCCGAAUGGACCAAUCGGUAUGCUGUAAAUUACAUACAGUAGAACUAAACACAUAACGCAUGUAUUAAUUACAAUAUGAGUUCUCAAACAGGGAUUUGAUGAUUAAAGUGUUUGGUUUUUAAUUGCUCAAUGAUUAUAUUUCAACGUGCUAGUUCCUAAAACUGUUGUGGCCUACCAUUUUAUUUAGCUAGGCUUGGGCUCCAAUGCAACCCAUUUUUAUCUCAAUAUCAAAUCAUUUCUGGGUAACAAUGAAAUACCUUCAUGUGACUGUUUUUCAAUUAAAAUGGACAAAAAGAAACAAAAUAGCUUCUUAGCAAAGAGUAAUUUCUCAAGCAAGAAUUUUGCUAGGACUAUCUGUGAGUGGUCAGAGAGAAUACAGGAGACGGCACGGGUCAAAAUGAUUGAUUGAUGACCGUACGUCAUGAUGACGUGUACAUGUCUGAAUUAUGGGCCUCCGGCCCGUCCCCCCUGUUCAUGUGGUCCCGUGUUAGAGGGUGUGUGUUAUUUUAUAUCUCUAUGGAAUGCUUUGAAGUCGUCCUGUUGCUUGAUGUCUAGGGGGGCUGGUUGAACUGGGGAGGGUGGGGGUUAAGUGUUUGAACUUUUGGGACUGGGUAUGUCCCCCCACCCCCCAGUUUUAUCUCCCUUAUGGUUGUUAUCUAUGAAGCAGGAAUGUCCAGGGUUAUGUAUCUGGGGCCUAGGCUUUAUAAAUGUCCAGAACAAGCCAUUUUUAAGACCUGAAUAUUAAACAUCUAAAAUAUGUCUACAAGGGGAAUUCUCGGAGUGCUCUGUAGCUCAUGUCAUGAAUCCAACGCCAAAAGCCUGGAGGAUAUUUUGCUUGAGGCUCCAGAAUGUUUUAAAGGAUUUUUGUGUACAAGCGAGGGCCAUAUUUCGUACAUAUUCAACCCGGAGGAAUCUACGGUUAAGAUAUUCACAGACAGCGUGUCCCAACCCUUUUAUCGUGCAGAACCCGAGCCUUUUUCUCCAGCGCUAAGGAUGCGAGAAUGGCUUAAAAUAAGGCUAGCUUUGUGUCAAAUGGAACGCGCCCUGAGUGCUUCAAGGCUGCCCGGAUAUGCGUUGGAAGAACAAGUCUGUGUACGAAAUGAUCUAAUGGCUCUGAGAGUCACUUCCAUGGCUUAUACCCCGGACUCCAGAGUGACAAUUUUAGCAUGUGAACAAUUUGACAGGUCAAAUGCUACGGUCAGUUCAUAUGUAUCAUCCAAAGCAUGCAAGGAUGUACAUUUUUUUCAAAUAAUGUUCAGUUUUAAAUGGCGCGAUUACCCCAUUUUCCGAACCCUGAUGAAUAAGCUGGACAGUCUUUUUGAAAAUGGUGAACAAUUACGGCGAUGGCCGAGGUUAUCGUUGAGACAUACCCCGGAACAACAACAAGGUCGAAGGUGGAUCUUUCCCUGGCUGGAAAGUGGACAGAGCUUCGACGGAGCGCGGAAAAGACUUUGCGAUGGGGAAUUGGAAACGGAUAAUGUCCAGGGCUAACAGGACCCCCUAUAUCUGGAAGAAAUAAUAAAUAAAAAAAAUGUUGAAUUAUAACGUGUGUUAAAAUGUAGGUGUUAAUUUUGAAAAUGUAUAGCCCCCAUUUAACUAAGGGGUAGCGCUCUUUUCUCUCACGCUAGGGUCUGGCGCAGACAACUGUAAGAUCUGAAAAAAACAUGUAUUAUUUUAUAGUCUAUUCCUACAUGGGUAUGUUAUGAACAUUACGUUUUAUUAAAGUUUGUAAUAAUGUACAAAGA